ACCGGAGUAAUUCAGUCGUGUUUCAGAUUAAAUUGUCCAUGGUUUGGUGAUUGCGAUUAAUAUAAGUCUCAUAAACAAUAGACCUCCUAAUGAUAACAUUUGUUCUUAGUUCUAAAUAUUUUAUGCACAAUCAAGCCUAUUGAAAACGGAACCUUGUUUGUUCGUCCAAGUAUAUAAGCUUAUUGGGUUCCUUCAAUGAGUUUGGGCUCCCAAAAACUUUCUUUUUAAACUCGUAAAGGACCUUAUACAACUUCAUCUAUGGGUUCAGGGGCAUCUAGCUGCUGCAAUCUCUCGAGAAAGAGGUCUUUCAAGYCUUCCAGUCCUACAAAAUCGGGAAGCUUUCGAAGUGUUUCAUCUGAUUAUCAUGACGAGAAAGUCGAGUUGGCCGAGGAUACGAAUAUUUUCAUGUCAAGCAACGACAUCGAAAAACAACCCUUGCUUUCUUAUGCUGAAGCUGCUGCACUGAGGCCUUCGAGUCCUGAAACAAUGUGGGAUAUUGUAGAGAAAACUUGUACAGAAGACAGUGCGUGGAAGCUGAAGUCCGUUCAAAAUAGAAGAGGAUGGAAAACCAUUCGCCUCUUCGUCUCUUCUACUUUUAGAGACUUUCAUGCGGAAAGAGAAGUGUUAGUCAAAGAGGUUUUUCCUGAUCUGCGUCUCUGGUGUGAGGAGAGAAAGCUUCAUCUUGUUGAGUGUGAUCUUCGAUGGGGUGUCCCUAAAGAUUCGACAACAGAGGAAACAGUACGCAUAUGUCUAGGAGAGAUAGAUCGUUGUUACAAAGAUAAUGUUAUGCCAUACUUCUUGAAUCUGACAUGUGGUCGCUCAGGCUGGGUUCCAGAUUUUGGAGACCUGACAGAUAACCUUGCUGAACUUUAUGGAUGGGUGUACGGUCUGUCGUUAACUGAGAUGGAGAUAGUACAUGGUGCAUUUCGCAGAUGUAAUCCUAAUGCUCUUUUCAUGAUACGAGAUGACAAGUUUUGUAAGGACUUGCCCAAUGAAGUGAAGGAGGCUUUUGUAGAUGAGAAAAACCGACGCAAACCAGCAAUACUCAAAAAUAUCAUCAAAGCAAAAUUCCCAGCUCAAAAUAUUGCUUAUUAUGAGGUUGGAUGUGAUCCCAAGAAUCUGGCUUUGGUGGCCAAAACCAAGGAUGAGAGAGUGUUAAAGUUUAAAGGGCUUGACAGUGACUCUUUAUUUUGUAAAACUGUUUUCAACUUUUUCAAGGAACGUAUUGGACAUCAAUACCCUCUUGACCCAACUCCUGAAGAUCCCCUGGAAGCACAAAGAAAAGCUCAUGAGUCAUUUGUAGAUAYACGCUCUGAAGUUGUUUUAGGAAGAGACAAGAUCAUAGCUGAUAUCGAAAGCUACAUUGAAACAGACACUACUCAAGCUCCCUUGUUACUAGUGGGUAAUGCUGGCUCAGGGAAAUCAGCAAUUAUGGCUUGUAUCGCAAGUAAUGCCAUAUUCAAAGGGGCAAAACUCAAAUGCGCAAGACCUAAAGAAGGUUGGAAAGUAUUCUUCCACUUCGUUGGAGCAACUCCUGGCUCCACAGAUCUUGCAUUCUUCCUUCAAAGAUUAACAAGAGAAUUAGGUUACUCCAAGACAGAAGUGGCAAGUGAUUUGGACUCCUUGAUCCAGAUGACAAAUAGUCUGUUGUCAAAUGACAAUACCAAACCAGCUAUUAUAGUAAUAGAUGCUAUAAACCAGCUUGAUGAAGACAAGAUUCAUUUCCUGCCUCGCUGGUUGCCUGAGACAUUAUCCCCCAAUGUACGAGUCAUCAUGUCCAUGAUUGAUCAGACAGAAUGCCACAGGAUGGUUAGAGCCUACAAAUCGGGACCUAAAGAAAUCAUAUGUGGAGAGCUAGACUACAAUUCCCGACAGGCUAUAGUAGAGAACAUCCUAAGGCUAUACAGUAAACGCCUGGAUGAACACCAGAUGGAACUCCUCCUCAAAAAAGAAGGUUCUGCCAACCCAUUGUGGUUAACCCUUGCCUGUGAGGAGCUGAGAGUGUUUGGACACUUCAACCAGAUGGAUGAGAAGAUUAUGAGUCUGGAGGAUGAUCUUAUCAGUCUCGAGGAGCAGUUGUUGAUGCGCUUUGAGAAGGAAAAUGGGGGACCUGUGGUUAUUGCCACCAUGUGUUUACUGGAAACAUCACGUCAUGGUCUCCUAGAGACAGAACUUCUGGAGAUGUUGGCAGACGAGAACAUGCUGGUACCGCCUGAAUACGUUGAAGAAGAAACUUUGACAGCUGAAAAAACUGAUGAACUUGAAGCACCAAGAGGUCUUGACAUGAAUGAAGGAGACGCCGUUGCCUCCAAACUUCAAAAAGAAGUUGACGAGACUUACGUAGUGAAGAAGGACGAGGACGAGGAAAAGGAAAUAAAGAAAACUACAAAGAAGAAAACCAAGAAGUUUCUUUCAGCAGCAAAGUCGGCCCUAGUCUACCGAGCCUUGAAGCCACUUCUCCGUCCGUGUGGAGACUUGGGCGAGGGUCGGUUUGACUUUUAUCAUCGCUCUAUCAGUAAAGCUGUGAGAAAAAGGUAUUUCAGUGGCGCUGAAGGCUACGUCAAGCACCAGUACGCGUUCUGGCAUGGAAGACAUGCGGAGUAUUUUGAAAGUUGCGAUGACUAUGACAGAAAAUCAGAGGAACUACCAUACCAUCUGGAGCAGCUUCUUGACCACAAUCGUCUGACACGGUGUCUGUUAGACUGGGAGAUCUUCCAGCGAUUAUACUCCGAAGACUUCAGUAUUGAUUUACUGAGUUCAUGGCAGAAGGCUGGAGGUUACGCUGCAGCUUCUCUGCUCUACAAAGAAUCGUUGAAUGUUCUAAAGAUUGCUGAAGUACCUCUGGAAGAAUACGCCAAGAAGAUGGAAAUGGUUAUCACCUUCCUCAUUCAAGCUGGCCAGUACGAAGAGUCGUUCGUAGUGAACUCGGCGCGAGGACAGACAAAAUGGCGGACAUCUACCAUCUAAUGGCGAAAACGAAAAGCGAGAUCGUGAAAAAUCACAAUUUUGUCACGAUGGCUCAGCUCGAAGACGAUAAAGAAGUCGUGGCUAUUGCAAAAAAGUCGCUUUCUUAUCGAGAACAACUGAAAGGAGAAGAGCAUGAG